UAUGUACAUAUGUAUUUAAAUUUAGUUGUGGCUCUAAAUAGCCAAUAUUUGAAUUGAAUUACAGCAUUCAAUGCACUCAGUUGCGGCGGUCGUGAGACCAAAAACCAAUUAAAAAUCAGUUUGUGUUCGAACUUCGUUAACCAGCAAGUAAAUUGUAUACCAAUUAGUACCAUGUGUUUGCUUUUCUGAAUCAGUCUUAUAUUUUUAUAGUAGCUGAUGCACUCAAGAUGUCGGGACAUAUACAGGGUGUAUAUGGAUAUCUGAUAAUUUUCUGCUUUUGGACUUUGGUGAGCGGAAAAGCCGACUUCACAAACAUAAAAUGCGAAGCCGUGGACAAGGAAUACAACUCAAUUAAAUACUGUUUUAUACGUUCAGUGAAUCGCACUUUCAAAUAUAUUUCGGCUGCUAAUCAUUUCCAUGCGAAGGAACCAAAAAAUAAUAUAUCAGUUGGUGUUGCUACGCUGAAACGCGCCAACGGUUACAAGCCCUUUCUCUACAACGUCACAGUGGAUGGCUGUAAAUUCCUGCGCACCGGUGGUAAUGUCUUGUUGCGUUACCUGCACAGUUUCUUCCACAAAUACUCCAACGUCAAUCACACUUGCCCCUAUAAUCAUGACAUUGAGGUAAGCGUGCUGCCCGUAAGUCAUGUCGAUAAUUUAUUUUCAAAUGUACUACCGUUUCCAAAAGGCGAUUAUCAAGUCGUAACAUCAUGGUACACCUACAAUGUUUUACGGGCUGUGGUGCAAAUAUAUUUCACUCUCUCUUAGAUGUACAAUUUAAGUGAUAUAUCAGCACAGCGACAUGGGAAUUUUUUUUCAUAAUUAUUGUGGUUAUGAAUACAUAAAAUA